AUGUCGUCUUGUACUCUGCACCCAGAUUCUCGUAUCAUCUCCCUCCUCCUUCUUGCUGCCAUCAUUGGCCAAAGCGUGGGCAGCGGCAAUGCCACCACAAAAGAAUACAAGAUCUGCAGCAUUGCUGGAGGUGCCGGGGUGACUCGAGAGGCCUCUAGGAGCAUCCAAACCCUCUUCCGAAGUGCCUUGGAGGAUGUGGAAUACAUGCGCGAAUUUUUGACGGAGCAAACGAAGUACAACCCAGAAACAUUCAGUGGCAUCUCUCUGGAGUUUCUAGCCAAUAGCCUGGAUUGGGAAGCCAGAGGUAUGCCUCCAAAUUCGACAACUUUGGAUGCUGGUCUGGCCUGGGUUGACGACCGACCAGACAGAAGAGUGGAGCGAAUUGUGGGACUGCGACAUGAACCUCAUGUGGGCAACAAAUCAACAGAUUUGGCCAUGAUUGAUAUAAUAUCUGGGGUUUUGCCCUGGAUUGUGGACAUGCGUUCCAAAGAAACCAUGUGGUGGAAAGAUCAUCAAAAUGGACGUUCAGAAGGUCAGCACAAACCGACACUUUUCUUUGACAGGCUCUAUGUGGCUGCUUACUCUAUCACCUGGGGUGGUGCGGCCAGCUACUAUCCUCCCAUGACCUCAUUCGUUCUGAGGGGGUUCAAUCUGAUUGAUGUUGUGGGAGCAAACUUCAGCUUUGAUGAAAAUGAACCUGUUGUCAUUCCGAAUCUACGAGAAAACAAUCCACGGAAGUUGGCCACUAUUGGCAAACCAUAUGCGGACAAAGCCAACCCAGGUUUGUCCAUUGUUACAGCACAUGCACCCGUGUACUACACAGGAGAAUGGCUUGGUUUCAACUAUAAUGAUACCUAUGUUGGCUUAACGGGCAUUGACCUGUCAAUUGACUCCAUGUCCAGUUUGUUGCACAGACUGGAUGGGACAGUGACAGAGGGGAGCUUUGGGCUUGUGGUUGAUGGCGAAUUCAAUAUCUAUGUCAUCACCCAGGAUGCCGUCAACUUGAUCUAUCCGGAGAGAACAGGGUUUGAAGAGUUUCGUGUCCACAGGGACAAGGACGGAGAAGGAGACCUUAUUGAUGACAGGAGAAAUCAAACUUAUCUUGUCAGUGACACCAUCCUGCAGCCCCCCACCAACCUCACCAACGCCAACUGGACAGCUCUCCAUAAGGAAAUCCAACAACAAGAACCUGGCCAUAGAGGAACAUCAGAACUCGACAUUGUUUUGACUGGGGAUACUGAACCGACAACAUUCAAUGUGAUGUACGACAAAUGGGAAACAGCAUUGGUGGGGGCUAAUGCCAUGGGAGAAGCGAUCUUUACCAACAAUGGCAUUUUGGAUGUAACUGCCCAGGUCAGAAAGUUCCCAUCAUGGGUUCAGCUUGAAGCUCCUGCUUUUGAGUCUCAAUUGGUCCACCUAGCACCAGGCGAAGAGAUGAGAUUGCCAUUUAUUGCCAGCACAGAAAGUCUUCCCAUGGGUCUGACCUCUAGCCUGUUGACUAUGUCAGUACAAGAUGAUGACUAUCCUGAUUGCUUCUACAGUGAGAUUUUCAGUGCUACCAUCACCAUCGAUGUCCAGGAGGAAGAGAACCUUCAUCAACUGGGUCACUUUCGAGCAUUUGGUUUCAUUAUCAGUGUGCUUGUCAUGACAGCAUCCCUUGCUUGUGCUCUUUGGGUUGCCAAGAAUGCUCGAAAGGCCAUUGUGAAUGCAGCCCAGCCUUUCUUUCUCUAUGUAUUGUGCUUUGGCACAUUCAUUAUGGGAGUAUCCAUCGUUCCUCUUUCUAUUGAUGACUCCUUGGCUGGCAGCAAGGGAUGUGAUGUUGCUUGCAUGAUGUUCCCGUGUAUGUUGGCUCUGGGGUUCUCCAUUACCUUUUCAGCUGUAUUCAGCAAGGUGUGGAGGGUAUCCAAACUAUUUCAAGCAGCUGGCAACUUGCAGAGGGCCACGAUAUCCCCACAGGAUGUUAUGGUUCCCUUUUGUGUUAUUAUCACUUUGAAUCUGGUAUUGCUUCUAACAUGGACCUUGGUUGAUCCUCUUAGCUGGGAGCGUGUGCACAAGAGCAGCAGCAGCUCCUAUGGAACAUGCUGGUCCAAUUUGAGUGGUGCACAGAUUGCCAUCCUGUCUCUACUGGCAGUGGUCAACUACUCAGCCUUGGCUUUGGCCAAUGUCCAAGCCUACCAUGCACGGAAUAUUGCCGAUGAAUUCAGCGAGAGCAAGUACAUCUUCUUGGCCAUGUUUGGGGUUCUUCAGGUCUCCAUGAUUGGCUUGCCAGUUAUGUUCUUGGUGUUGGAGAGCCCUCCUGCUCUAUUCUUUGUCCAAUCUACACUUGUGUUUGCCAUUGCCAUGUCAAUUCUUCUUUGGAUCUUUGUUCCCAAGAUUCAGCAUGUAAUGAAGUACCAAGAUGUGGUUUCCCGAAAGAGAAUUUCAAUGGCAUCGAGGAGAAGCAUCAGCAGGGAGUUUAUAAGUGAUUUUAGCAACGAUUUCAGCCUUCCCGUGAAGCAAAGUGAUGGCCCGAGCCGUACAAUAUCAAAUGGCGCUUUGAGCUCAGACAGGCACGGCAAGGUUUGCACUGCAUUGGAGGGAAAUUCAUCGAUGGCCCCUCAAUUGGACGCUUCCCUGAGCACAGGGAAUGCACGUGGUGGUGAUGACCCUGGAUUGUGCCAUGCUGUUAUUGACGAUAUUGACGACAUCGAUCCAAUCGCUCCUUGA